UUUUAUAAGUUUUGUUAGAUCGGAUCACAAUUAAAAAGCCAUAGGUGACUUACAUGAUUUGAAUAAAUUUGGUACUGGAUGUUGGCCUGGACGUUUCUAGUCGCUUCUAAAUAAUCCCGCUUACAUAGUGUGCUGUACAUAUCAUCAGGUAGAUUUUCGACAAUUAUACUUAGAAAUAAAGCACUUCUAUCAACACUCGAAGCUGUACACACGUUGAUCACCAAUGCUAUCCUUUAUUGGUACAGACUGGACAUUGUCUCUGUUACAUGCUGGUUCUUAUCUGAAUAUUGAUGAUAUUUUGGCAUCUAAUGAACGCACGUCAUGUCGCGUUCGUGUACUACUUCCAUCUCUGGCACCACUGCUACUUUCAGAUGUCAAAGAUAAAAUGCAUGGUGAAGGCACCAAUGAUGGUUACAAAGCGUCAGAUGACGUCCCAGCAGGGAAAAGAAUUGAGCUACCAGUUUGGCUAGCUAUCGCUAUUGGUAGCGGUAGAAGACAAAUACUGAGCAUCGACUUACCUCCAAUUUACCGGGAUGCCUUUACUGAAGUAUUCGAAGCAGAUCCUUGUGUAGUUGACCUCAAAAGAAAAGGGUCUAUGUAUUAUAUGUUAUUAUGCAACUUAUUGAUGUCGGGUCAUGUUCGAGUCCCACAAAUCGUUGCUACUGGCACUAAGGUUUUUCAAUCACGAUUAAAGAUGAUUAUGGAUGCCUCACUCAAUGCUUCUCGACAGGAUACUUUGUCAUCUACAGCUAAAUUCGACUCCUUGGAAAUGGCAUUAUUUCGGAUAGGUCAAACAGACAGAUUACAAUUCGAACGUUGGAUUUCACGCCAUCAUGAAAAGAUUGAAGCUUUAAGAAAAGUUCGACCUGUAUUUGUGAAAUAGAAUCAAUAGAUUAAUUUAUUAUUCAAAACUCAUUUCAUUCAAAGAAAGAUUCUUGUAGCUUUUAGUCUUACGAUCUUUACAUAUUCUUAUUACGCAAUUAAUUAUGAAACAAUUUUUUCGAAAUUUAUUAAAUUUAACUACUAUUUCGAAUGAUUAGUGUACAAAGAAAGCUUACUUUUUUCAAAUUUCAGAUGGUCGAAAAUAUUCAUGAUGAGUUAUUUUUCUACCAUUUAUGUCUUAUGAUAAUCUAAAUAGUUUCAAUCUAUCCAGGAAUAAUUUUGUUCAAAGUCGGUCGCUUGUUUCUAUUUUGGAUGUAAUAACAGCAGUUCAAAGAAAUUUC